CUGUUGGGACUGACUAUUGGCUCAAUAAUACAUUAUUCAUUGAAAGCCUCUGAACAAGUGCCUCAAUUUACUGUCGACCUCUUCUUCUUUGUAUUACUUCCGCCAAUAAUCCUGGAAUCGGCCUAUUCUUUGCAUGACAUCGCAUUCCUCACAAACUUGGGCUCAAUAUUGGGAACUUUCAUCAACAUAGCCCUAAUAGGUCCAUCACUGUUUCUCAUUAAAUUAAUACCAUUCAAAUGGUUGGCUUUCCCUUCCAUCUCAUUCCUGGAGCUAAUGGUUUUCGGCACCGCUAUCAGUGCUGUCGAUCCCGUCUCUGUUUUGGCCAUAUUUCAAGAUUUAUCAGUCAAUAAAUCUUUGUAUUUCCUAGUAUUCGGUGAAUCCCUUCUAAAUGAUGCUGUGGUAAUCGUUGUGCACCGGAUAUUAUGCUCAAUGUUAGGACAGACUAGUGUGGCGGCCAUGGAAUUCCUAAAGGGUUUCCUAUCACUCUUU